AUGUUCCAAAAUAUCCUUCGUCAUGUGCAGGGCCCUGGCCUUAGCAUCUCACGUGUCCGAAACCGCCGUUUCUCAUAUGUAUCAAGGCACUCCGAUUUUCCAGCAAGCAUGUAUCAGUUUCAGAUACACCGCGACUCAAGGCUCUAUGACAGAGCUUAUAAACAAGAUGACUGGGAAUACGAGGAUGGAGUAGAAGUCAGUGCGGACGGCUUGGUGCACCCUAAUAUAACUGCCGAUUUUUCUAAUGGCGCAAUAUUUAUGCCGAAUACGCACAACAUGCAGGAGGUCACACGGAGGUCGAAUGAUUAUUACUUGGAAGACGUAGAAAGUGGUAAGCCCGCCGCUGAAGCUCAUUAUUUAUGCAUACCCAAAGGUGAUUUGACGCCCUUGUUGAAAGGCACCGUUAUCCCAAAAUCGUUGAUUCUUUACCGUGAGCAUACUUCUCGGUUUUCCCUACAACCUGCGCAUCCCAUGUCACUGGAUACUCUAAACAAGACUCUGAGUCAGUUUUAUCUUGAUUUUGGACGCGUUUUCAAUCCAGACGCUUGGCUUGAUAUGAACCCCUACCAUGAAGCAUUCUCUGAUCACGAGGAAGAGUGGAUGAACUACUGA